GAGAGAUAAAUUUGAAACUGAACUUACAUUUUUUUACGCAUGCAGUGGAUUAAUUUAUUUUAUCUGCAGGAAUCUUAUAUGAAUUGUUAUAAUAAUUAAAAAGAAUCUAUAAUUGUAAAGUAUGGCUGGUGGUAAAAAUGCACAAGGUGGUUUCCAACCAGACUCUGAUGUUCAUAUAACUUAUGAAGAUCAACAAAAAAUUAAUAAAUUUGCAAGACAAAACGCGAAACUCGAGGACUAUAAGGAGGAACUCAAAAUAAAACAGAAUGACAUUAAAAGCUUAGAAGAUGCUUGCGAUGAGUUAUCUCUAUUGGAUGAUGAUGUGAAAAUUCCUUAUCACAUUGGAGAAAUCUUUGUCGAGCAAGAUCUUGAAAAAACGCAGAAAUGUUUAGAAGAGGCAAAAGAGAAAAAGAAGGCCGAGAUUAUGAUUCUUGAAAGUAAAUGUGCCGAUUUAAAAGUGCUGAUGAGUGAAUUAAAGACUCAGCUUUAUGCAAAGUUUGGUAGUCAUAUCAAUUUAGAAGCUGAGGAAGAGUGAUAUAACAAUUUUCUGAAUGCAAGAAAAUAAUACAUUUUCAUUUUUUAUAAAACCUGAUCGAAGAGAAGUAAUCUUAAGAAGAACGUUUACCAAGGUUGUUUCUUCCCAAUUUUGUAUUAUAAGUUAAUUCCAGUCACUGAUAAUAGUUCAUACUUGUUGUUAUUGGUAUCUGUAAAUGCUACCUUGUAUAACAUGCUUCUUUAUCAUAAAGAUUAUCAAUAAAUUUCACUUUUGAAAAAUA